AUGUCACUAUUACCGAUCUUCGAUCAGAAUGCUUCACAGAUCCCGAAUAUGAACACCCUACCUGGUCUUCCCGUCGAGCUCUUAUUGUCCAUUACAGACUUCCUGCCUAUCAACGAUUGGAUUUGCCUGUCGCUCUGCAACCACCGAUUAUUUGCCAUAUAUAAUCAUCGAUACAAGUCUAUGUGGCCCACCCGGGAAAUGAAACUCACUAUUCUACGGCAGCUCCAACAGGAUUUACCGCGACAUUUCAUCUGCUACCAAUGCUAUUUGCUUCACUUAUAUGACGGCUCUGAAUCCUUUGGUCUUUCUGGCCCAAAAUUCUGGGAGGGAUGCCCUCUCCGUUGCCGCCGCCUUAUACGCAAAAACUUUUUUGAAUUGGAGUUGCUUACCGAAUUCGGGUACUGGAACUACAUGCCCCGUAGGUUCUCUUUCCUACAUCUACAGCUUGCUAUGCGGAGAUUUUAUCUGGGAGAUGAAUUCGGCAUAACCACCGAGUCCUUGGCUUACACGCAAGUCCGAUUCCACCCCAGCAAAGGAUCGUGGCCUGGCGUUACAUAUCUGAUUUCGACUGACGCAAGAAUCCGCCCAGAGCCACCAGGGCUUCACAUAAGAAUGCACAUGUACAUCUGCAAGCAUGUUCCCGGUUGGCAGAAGGAGAGACAACUCGACGCCAUGGUCAAGGCUUUUUUCCAAGGGAAGUACUUUUCACGUUCCAAGCAUACUUGCAAGAGGUGCAAUACCGAUUAUCAAAUUGAGCUCUGUGUUCAUUUCGAUCAACUGGCCCUGGUCCUCACGACGUGGUUUAAUCUUGGCCCGGGUUUGACGCCAGACGAUCCUUGA